UGACUACAAACUUUUCCAUCAGAAAACAAAACCUCUCUGAUCUGCAUUUGCAUUCUCCACCAAUCCCUUAAAUCUGAGAGAUGGCCUCUAAGAGCAGUGCUUCAGUAGCCCUAUUUUUCGCCCUCAACAUUCUCUUCUUUUCGCUAGUUAGUUCAUGUGACUUCUGCCCCGGCCCUAAGCCGAAGCCGAAGCCAACUCCAACUCCAUACCCCUAUCCAACACCCUCAGCAGGAAAGUGCCCUAAAGAUGCCCUAAAAUUAGGUGUCUGUGCUGAUGUCCUCAACUUAGUUCACAAUGUUGUGAUCGGAUCUCCACCAACACUCCCAUGCUGCAGCCUUCUCGAAGGUCUCGUGAACCUCGAGGCCGCCCUUUGCCUUUGCACCGCCAUUAAGGCCAACAUUUUGGGGAUCAAUCUCAAUCUUCCUAUUUCGCUCAGCUUGGUUCUUAAUAACUGCGGCAAGCAAGUCCCGAAUGGCUUCGAAUGUACCUAAAUAGACAAGUGGUUAUCUGCUUUCUAUGUUUUUCGUUCUUUAAUUGUUGUGUAAUGUUGCAGUAGGUAGCUUCCCAUAAGCUAUUCUUCUUGUAUUUUCUAAUUCGUACGAUUCGGUGGAAUGAUAUCGAAUAAAUCUGCGCUACUACUUGUAGUUUGAUGUGAAGUGAAAUGAUAUCAGCCGCUGUUUAUGUCU